AUCAGCCCAUCAUUAAAAAAAAAGCAAAACAAAACAAAACAAAGACACUAAGAAAGAAAAAAAAGCAAGUGACACCUAAAUUUCAGCCACCAUGCUGUUUACAAUCUGUCAGGAGACUGGCAGAGAUGCAGAGCCGGAGAAGCAGAAGGGACCCGAGCACCGUGUAUGAACUACCCGGCCCACCCCAGGCCCUGGACCCACACGGAGCGCGGUGCGGCCGGAGCGGGCCCAGCGCCCGGGAAGCACCUUUAGUUACCCCGGGCCGGCAUCCUACGGCAGCCAAUAGGAUCGCGCUUCUUGGAGACCAAUCAGAAACCAGGCCGCUCUAUAAAUACCGGCCUUGCGAGCUGUGCCGCACUCACUCUUUUCUCUCGGGGAGAUUCUACUGGUGGAGUUACCAUGGCGCGCACGAAGCAGACGGCGCGGAAGUCGACGGGCGGGAAGGCGCCCCGCAAGCAGCUGGCCACCAAGGCUGCCCGCAAGAGCGCGCCGGCCACGGGCGGCGUCAAGAAGCCGCACCGCUACCGGCCCGGCACGGUGGCGCUGCGCGAGAUCCGGCGCUACCAGAAGUCCACGGAGCUGCUGAUCCGCAAGCUGCCCUUCCAGCGCCUGGUGCGCGAGAUCGCGCAGGACUUCAAGACCGACCUGCGCUUCCAGAGCUCGGCCGUCAUGGCGCUGCAGGAGGCCAGCGAGGCCUACCUGGUGGGGCUCUUCGAGGACACCAACCUGUGUGCCAUCCACGCCAAGCGCGUCACCAUCAUGCCCAAGGACAUCCAGCUGGCCCGCCGCAUCCGCGGCGAGCGUGCUUAAGUGUUCUGCUGCAGCCUACAUAGACCCAAAGGCUCUUUUAAGAGCCACUACAUGCACAUUAAAAAGAGCUGUAAUGCUGCUAAA